GCCCGGAGCCGCGGGGCCAGCGAGCGCAGUAGCAGGUGCUCAGAGCCCAGCAGCGCCAGCCUCGCGCGGCUGCUGCCCAAGUUCGCCCGGGGCCCGAAGAGGGCCGGGCCAUCAAGAAAGGAGCACAGCCGCCGCCACUGCCACCGCCAUCGUGGACUUGGAGUCUCCUGAGGAGAGGAGCCCACGGAGCUGCGAGCUUCUAUCAGCAGCGAGUCCCGAUCAGCCCUAGGAGGUGUUGCUUGGGCUCCGCAGUUCCCAGCUCCCGGCUCCCAGGGAAGAUAAGAGGCAAGGAACAGCACAGUCGGGAUUUUCUAAAGACGAUCCGUGUCGAGGGGAAAAGCGAUAGUUUCCUGGGACCAGCAACCUGGUGGGGCCCGGCAGCGAGUGGCUUUCCGCAGGACGCCCUGAGAAGCCCCCGGCCCCAGACGACAGUAGACACCCCGCGGGACUCAGGAACUGGACUUGGGGAAGCCUAGGGACGUCUCAGCGGAAAGCAGUUCCGGCAGCCGUGAGAAAGAAGGGUCCUGGAGGAAAGGGAAGGAGGAAGUCGCCACUCCGCGACCACUCACCCCAGUACACACCCACCCCACCCGCCGAGCCUGGAGCUACGGAGAGCCUCUGGGGGCGCUCGUUCCUUGGCGCCUUCCCUCGCAUGUCCCAGCACCACUGGGCUAAGGUCCAGACUACUGGGAUCCCCGAGACUGGCCAAACCAGGCAUGGUGGCCCAGUGGUCUCUCUCUCAGGAUCAGCGUAAAAACUGGGGUUAGUCGGCGCAGGGGGGACUCAGCUCAGGGUCCCCCGAGGUCCUGGACCAGGAUAGGUCGGCGGGCACAGCGCCCAGGGAUUGGAGAGGCGGCUCCCAAUGGGGCCCCUCCGGAGGUAGUGCCCAGUGACUCUCGUCCUUCUGGAAGACUCGGGGCCAGCAGAGCCUGGGGGCGGCGGGGACACUCAGGAGAGGCCAGAGCUAGGGGCGGCAGGCCGAGGCGGCACUCAGUCCCGGGCGAGCGCCCGCGGAGGCGGCGGCGGCGACGCCGGGCGGGCAUGCCGCGCCACCGGAGCUCCUGUCGGGCGCAGGCUUCCAAGGCGCAGGCUGCGCGUGGCUGCUGCUGCUCCCACUGCUGCUGCGGACUCCCAUGGCGGCUCCGCCCGGCCGGGGCCGCCGCCGCUGUCGCCAGCCUCGGGCUGAAUGAAUGAGCCGGAGCGGCGGAGCCCGGCUGCCCGCGACCGCGCUCAGCGGCCCGGGACGCUUCCGUAUGGCCCGCGAGCAGCCGGCGCCCGUGGCGGUGGCGGCAGCUAGGCAGCCCGGAGGAGACCGGAGCGGCGAUCCGGCGCUGCAGGGGCCAGGGGUCGCCCGCAGGGGGCGGCCGUCCCUGAGUCGCACUAAAUUGCACGGGCUGCGGCACAUGUGCGCGGGGCGCACGGCGGCGGGAGGCUCUUUCCAGCGACGGGCGCUGUGGGUGCUGGCCUUCUGCACGUCCCUCGGCUUGCUGCUGUCCUGGUCCUCGAACCGCCUGCUCUACUGGCUCAGCUUCCCGUCACACACACGAGUGCACCGUGAGUGGAGCCGCCAGCUGCCGUUCCCCGCCGUCACCGUGUGCAACAACAACCCCCUGCGCUUCCCGCGCCUCUCCAAGGGGGACCUCUACUACGCGGGCCACUGGCUAGGGCUGCUGCUUCCCAACCGCACCGCGCGCCCGCUGGUCAGCGAGCUGCUGCGGGGCGACGAGCCGCGCCGCCAGUGGUUCCGCAAACUGGCCGACUUCCGCCUCUUCCUGCCGCCGCGCCACUUCGAGGGCAUCAGCGCUGCCUUCAUGGACCGUUUGGGCCACCAGCUGGAGGAUAUGCUGCUCUCCUGCAAGUACCGGGGCGAGCUCUGUGGCCCGCACAACUUCUCCUCAGUGUUUACAAAAUACGGGAAGUGUUACAUGUUUAACUCAGGCGAGGAUGGCAAGCCUCUGCUCACCACGGUCAAGGGGGGGACGGGCAACGGGCUGGAGAUCAUGCUGGACAUUCAGCAAGAUGAGUACCUGCCCAUCUGGGGAGAGACAGAGGAAACAACGUUUGAAGCAGGAGUGAAGGUUCAGAUCCACAGUCAGUCUGAGCCGCCUUUCAUCCAAGAGCUGGGCUUUGGGGUGGCUCCGGGGUUCCAGACCUUCGUGGCCACACAAGAGCAGAGGCUCACAUAUCUGCCCCCACCAUGGGGGGAGUGCCGGUCCUCAGAGAUGGGACUCGACUUCUUUCCUGUUUACAGCAUCACAGCCUGUCGGAUUGACUGUGAGACCCGCUACAUCGUGGAGAACUGUAACUGCCGCAUGGUCCACAUGCCAGGGGACGCCCCUUUCUGCACCCCUGAGCAGCACAAGGAGUGUGCAGAGCCUGCCCUCGGUCUACUGGCAGAAAAGGACAGCAAUUACUGUCUCUGCAGGACACCCUGCAACCUGACACGCUACAACAAAGAGCUCUCCAUGGUGAAGAUCCCCAGCAAGACGUCAGCCAAGUACUUGGAGAAGAAAUUUAACAAAUCGGAAAAAUAUAUCUCAGAGAACAUUCUUGUUCUGGACAUAUUUUUUGAGGCGCUCAAUUACGAAACAAUUGAACAGAAGAAGGCGUAUGAAGUUGCUGCCUUACUUGGUGACAUUGGUGGUCAGAUGGGAUUGUUCAUUGGUGCUAGCCUCCUCACAAUACUAGAGCUCUUUGAUUAUAUUUAUGAGCUGAUCAAAGAGAAGCUAUUAGACCUGCUUGGCAAAGAAGAAGAGGAAGGGAGCCAUGAUGAGAACAUGAGCACCUGUGACACAAUGCCAAACCACUCUGAAACCAUCAGCCACACUGUGAACGUGCCCCUGCAGACAGCUUUGGGCACCCUGGAGGAGAUCGCCUGCUGACACCUCUCAGGCAACGCAGCACCUCCAAACAGACCUUAAAGGCCCAAGACCUAGGACAGGAGACAGCAAGCGCAGGUGGGAUCGCCCCUGACGACUGAAAGAAGCAGAGCCCCCCCAUAUGCACACAUUGCAAACUUCUGCCAAACCUCACCUGGCCACAUCUGACAUGAACCGUCCCGGGCCCUGCCUCGUGUCCCUCGCAGGGCCGAUGAGUCGCACUCCGGAACUGUCCAAGAACUAACCUGCCAUCACAUCUCACUGCCAGAUGUACAAAGCACCUGCAUGCUCAGACUUCUUACAGCGCCACCUCCACUUCCGACUUGUACGUGAUAUUUUCUCCGUGCGGUUUCCAGAGCCCACUCCGCUGCCCAGGCAAUGGGACCAGGUUCCAGCCCCAAAGUCACCCUGAGCCCAGCUCCGGAAUUGAAACUGCACAGUCAAGAAGGAAACCACAGAACUCUCUACGUUUGAUCCUUGUGUUGUUUGUGACCGUUCUUAGCCUUGUCCCCCAAACUGGCCCAUGGGGCUACUGCACUAAAGGUGACCAGUACCAACCUCCUUCUUUUCCCAGCAUCCGUGAAGGAGGUACAGUGGCCCGGGUGACCCCAGUAUUUGUCCAUGGAGCCACAUUGUUCUCUCCCUGUGACACAGCUGUAGAGUCUGAUUUUGUUUUGUUUUGUUUUGUUUAGGGCGGGGACUGUUUUUGUUUGUCUAUAGAAGAAUUGUUUUGUUCCGUUUCGUCUUACGGUCUUCGGUUUUGAUGUUCUAAGGUUCGAUUUGGGUUUUCCAUUUUUUUUUUUUUUUGAGUUUAUUUAUUCGUGCUUCGAACCACAGUCAUAUUAAAAGCUGGUCUUGUGGAAGUGGCCA